AUGACAUUUAAUGAAAAUAGGUGGGAAUUGGAUGCAGUAUUUUAUGUUACAUUAAAACUGUGGAAAAUAUAUAAAACAAGGGAUAAUAUGACAGUUUCUGAAUUGAAUAGCAUUAUAUCAACCACUCUUAUACCAAACAUUGUUAUACUUGUGAUUUACAUCGUACUUGGAACAUGCGGAAAUGUUUUAGUUUUGUUGGUUUAUUCUUUUCAAAUGAAAGAACCAUCAGACGAAAGAUAUUUUAUACCGAUUUUAGCUGCAUUUGACUUGAUAGCAACGAUUUACUGUGGAACUUAUACGAUAUAUCAAUGUCUUCACCAAGUUACAUUUACAAGCAAUAUUUUGUGUAAAACAACACAAUUUUUUAUUGGAUUAACAACAUUUAUUCCGAUUUUUUUAUUAGUAAUAAUCGCAGUUCAAAGAUAUCUGAAAGUUUGUCAGCCUCUUAAACCAGCAUUAUCGCUUAAUGUUAAGAGAACUGCUUUGAUAUUAACAUUUGUUAUUUCAUUGUUAUUUUCACUCCCUUUAGCGUUCGUUUACGGUUCUGUUCCAUUUCAAAGCACUACUUAUGGAAUUACGGGAUCACGUUGUGGCAAAUUAAAAGAAGGACAUCGAUUAGCCAGGGAUUUAUAUGCCAUUGCAGUAGGUAUUCUUGCUGUUACUUUAAUAACAACCCUUAUUGUCCUAUACUCAUUGAUUGGAUUGAAAGUCUUUCGACAAUUAAAGUUGAACAAACGUAAAAGUAGUAGAGUAGAAUUCCGAAGUUCGAUGAGAAAAACUUAUGAAGAUGGAGCUUCUGGAACCGAAACUAGUGGUGUUACGCAAAAUAACAUCAUUUCCGAUCUAGAUUCCCAAAUACCAAAUUCUAUCAAAGAGCAGCGGUUGGGAAACAACCAUCAAACAACUCUGUCUCAACUUGUUGGGUCAAAAAGAAGACAAAUGAAUAACCGUCGAAUAACUUACAAAUUGUCAGUUAUGUUUUUUGUGAUAACUUUAGUUUUUCUAUUAAGCUAUUUUCCAAAAGUGAUGUUGCUUCUGAUUGAAGGCCUUAACAAAGAUUUUUGGGAAAAAGUGUCAAACAUAGAAAGACCUGGAUUAAUGUUUAUAUAUCAUAUGUUUAUUAUCAAUAAUAUCGUGAACCCUGUUAUAUAUGCUUUCAUGGAUGUGAAGUUUCGUGAAGAAGCGACAGUUUUCUUUAAUCGUGUUAUUAAAUAA